AUGUUCCUCCAGCGUACCGCUUCCGCCCUUGCGAGGCGCUCUCCCGCCCGCGCCUUCACUCUCGCUCAGCGCCCGUUCUCCUCGUCCAUCGUUCGCAGCAACGAGAAGAAGUGGGCCCCCAAGGAUGAGGGCAAGAUCCUGUCGUUCGACGAGAUCAAGUCUGAGGAGGACCUGAUUCCCCCGGGUGGCAAGCCCGGCAACAUCCCCACCGACUUCAACCAGGCCACCGGUCUCGAGCGUCUGGAGCUCAUCGGAAAGAUGCAGGGCAUCGACAUUUUCGACAUGCGGCCCCUGGAUGCCUCCCGAAAGGGAACUAUUGAGGACCCCAUCAUCGUCAACGGCGCCGGUGACGAGCAGUACGCUGGUUGCACUGGCUUCCCCGCAGACUCCCACCACGUCAACUGGCUGACGGUGUCCCGGGAGCGCCCCCUUGAGCGUUGCAACGAGUGCGGCAACGUCGUCAAGCUGAACUAUAUUGGUCCUGAGGAGGACCCUCACGCCCACGACCACGACCACGGCCACGGCCACCACCACCCUCCCCACGUCGAGCCCAAGACCUUUGCCGAUUACGUCAAGCCCGAUUACUGGUACCGGUAA